GAAUUUUUCAAACAUAUCGAAACCUUAUAUACAUGAAAAUGAUGCCCUAAAUACAAGGUGACAGGGUAAGACUAUCGAAAAGCAGUGUCAUUUUCUUAAAAGUCAGUUCAUGUAUUCUAGGAAUGCUGUACUUUAUUUGGCGGGACGGGGUCAGGGUCAGUCUUGGCCACUUAAUUCCUGUCUUUUCCCAAACGCACAAUAAAAGAUCUUUUCUGCCUUCGUAUCGUUCCAUUGUUACUGGAAUCACCACGCCAAAAUUUCCUCUUUUACAGAACAUGAAAGGAGUUUCCCAGCACCCCUGGCAAGAGUAUAUUUUGAUUGACCGCUUUAUUUGCUUGUUUGUUUGUUUGUUUUUAUAGCAUUUAAGUCAAACGGUUUUGCAAUGGAUUGGGUUGUGAAACAUAAUGGUCCAAAUGACGCUAGUGAUGGGACAGUACGACUUCGUGGACUGCCAUUUGGCUGCAGCAAAGAGGAAAUAGUUCAGUUCUUUCAAGGGUUGGAAAUCGUGCCAAAUGGGAUAACAUUGACGAUGGACUACCAGGGGAGAAGCACAGGGGAGGCCUUCGUGCAGUUUGCUUCAAAGGAGAUAGCAGAAAAUGCUCUGGGGAAACACAAGGAAAGAAUAGGGCACAGGUACAUUGAGAUCUUCAGAAGUAGCAGGAGUGAAAUCAAAGGAUUUUAUGAUCCUCCGAGAAGACUGCUGGGACAGCGACCAGGACCCUAUGAUAGACCGAUAGGAGGAAGAGGGGGUUAUUAUGGAGCUGGGCGUGGAAGUAUGUAUGACAGAAUGCGACGAGGAGGUGAUGGAUAUGAUGGUGGUUACGGAGGUUUUGAUGACUAUGGUGGCUAUAAUAAUUAUGGCUAUGGAAAUGAUGGCUUCGAUGACAGAAUGAGAGAUGGAAGAGGUAUGGGAGCACACGGCUAUGGUGGAGCUGGUGAUGCUAGCUCAGGUUUUCAUGGCGGUCACUUUGUACAUAUGAGAGGACUGCCUUUUCGUGCAACUGAGAAUGACAUUGCUAAUUUCUUCUCACCACUAAAUCCAAUUCGAGUUCAUAUUGAUAUUGGAGCAGAUGGCAGAGCAACAGGGGAAGCUGAUGUAGAAUUUGUGACACAUGAAGAUGCAGUAGCUGCCAUGUCUAAAGAUAAGAAUAACAUGCAACACCGAUACAUUGAACUCUUCUUGAAUUCUACUCCUGGAGGUGGCUCCGGAAUGGGAGGCUAUGGCAGAGAUGGAAUGGAAAAUCAAGGAGCUUACGGGUCAGUAGGAAGAAUGGGAAUGGGGAACAAUUACAGUGGAGGAUACGGUACACCUGAUGGUUUGGGUGGAUAUGGUCGCGGUGGCGGAGGCAGCGGAGGUUACUAUGGCCAAGGUGGCAUGAGUGGAGGUGGAUGGCGUGGAAUGUACUGAAGCAGAACCAUCGAUAUAAAAGUCCCGACAGCAGCAUCUGGUCUACUAGACUUUCUUACACAUUUAAUUUCUUUUGUAUUUUAAGAACUUUAUAAUGACUGAAGGAAUGUGUUUUCAAAUAUUAUUUAGUCAAGCAACAGAUUGUGAUGGGAAAGUUUUCUGUAGGUUUUAUUUGUUGCAUACUUUGACUUAAAAUAAAUUUUUAUAUUCAAACCAC